CCUGCCCUGUACGCUGACGUGCUGAGACAAGAAUGCAGCUGUGCGAGAUAGGCUUUAUUAAUUACAGUGCAUCCUCUAUACACUGACAGAAGGCCCAGUGUUUGACUGCCAUCCAGGAGCAUUGUAUCAUAAAGGAAUCACCUGCGACAGAGACGUGACGCUGCAGACAGAAAAUGUUCAGCACCAGUUCAGACAGCCACCCCUCAGGCUACGACCUGGGCCCCAAGCCAGGGGACCAGGGGCCUCAUCAAGGUCAUGAUGGAAGCCACGGGUCUGGAGGUGGGAAUGCAAAAGAUGAUCGCCAUGGAGGAGAUCGCCAUGGAGAUGAUCGCCAUGGAGGAGAUCGCCAUGGAGGAGAUCACCAUGGAGAUGAUCGCCAUGGAGGAGAUCGCCAUGGAGAUGAUCGCCAUGGAGGAGAUCGCCAUGGAGAUGAUCGCCAUGGAGGAGAUCGCCAUGGAGAUGAUCACCAAGGAGAUGAUCGCCAUGGAAGAGAUCACCAUGGAGAUGAUCGCCAUGGAAGAGAUCACCAUGGAGAUGAUCGCCAUGGAGAUGAUGAUGACAGCCACCGGAGACGCAGCCCUGACCAUGACCACGACCACCACAGGGAUCGACAUGGAGACCGUGAACACAGACGUGACCACAGCCCUCGUCGCCGUGGGAGCCACAGCGGCGGAAGUGGCGAAAGCGGCAGCGAAGAUGAGCACGGCGGCCAUGGAAAACACAGGCGCAAACACAAGCACGGUCACGGUCAUGGGCACGGCCACGGCCGUGGGCGUGGGCAUGGACGAGGGGGUGGAAACUGGUAGAAAGGAAAAUACAGGCGGUGGACACAUUGACCAGCAGAGACUCCACCUGCCUCUGUCCUCUCCCUCUGAAAGAAACAUUAAGAGACACAGUGUUUGAUAGUCUUCUCCCAUCCGCUCAUAAUAAACCCACAGUACAGUACGUGUCGACCUGCCUGCAGCCUUUGACAGUCGGCAACAACUCGACAUGACGGCUGCAGGAACCAAACUGAGAAAGUAAUAUAGUUAAUAUUGUGUGCUGCACAGAGUGGGAGCAGGAAAGUACACCAGCAGUGAAACCGGCUGAUGCUGUAUUUCUGCACUUCAAUAAAAUGUUUUGAAGACACUAA